UCAGGCGCGGUAUUUGGCGGCUGCUGGUGCAUGCUCGCCUUCCUUCUUUCCUUUGUUCUUUGGUGCAGCUCUCCGCUUUCCAAUCAUGGCUACACUAGGUUCGCUAUGGAGACUCGGGGUGGAUAAAUAUCUCAAGUACAUGUACAGCACUCUUCUGUUAACCGCAGGAUUCAUCGUCAUAUCAUACCAAAUCGUUUUGAAACUCCAGAAUGUUAUUCCUUUCGUGGACAGCCAUUGGUUUGCUCAGCCUCCCAUCUACCGCAUACGGACACGAGGCUGUAACAUGCGAAAGUUCAAUCCCUUCCACCCAAGUGUAGCUUCUCUCAUCGAGAAGGUGAAAGCGAUCCAAUGUCCCGGAAAACCCAACUUCAUCCACAUACACGCCGGACAACCGCACAUUGACGAACAAGCUCUGUCGAUCCAUAAAAUCGCUACCAACGAAUUAAUGUGCAAGUACAAAGAGAUUUUCGAGAAUUAUUCGCUCCCUGUUCCAGAUGCGGCAUUCUCCUUUGGGCCGGAGAAUCCGCUAGAAUUUGGUCGUCCUCUUCGAAAGGAAUUCCUCUUCGUGAGCUGUUCAACGAUCAACUCUACGCGGGUGUUUCACGAGCAAUUUCUUCUCAAUCCAAUACUGAAAAAGGAUGUCGAAGAUCGAUCUCGGUUGAUGUCGCAUACGAGAUAUCACAAUAUGAGUGUCCUGGUGUUGGGCGUGGACUCUGUGUCGUACCUCAACUUUCGGAGGCAUCUACCAUUAACAGCGGACUUCAUCCGGGACCAUUUACACGCCUUCGAGCUGAACGGGUACAACAAAGUCGGCGACAACUCCUUUCCCAAUCAGUGUGCCUUGCUUACCGGACUAACGGGAGAUGAAGUUGACAAAUUAAGUAAAAACAACUUUUACGACGACAUUGACCUCAUCUGGAAGUCGUACGCGAGCCACGGAUAUAGGACUCUUUACCUUGACGAAAAUCCUGUCUAUGGACUAUUUAACUAUUUAGCCAACGGCUUCCACGUCGCGCCGACUGACUACUACCUCCGACCUGCAACUAUAGCCGUGAGGUUAUCGCAUCUCGUGAAUUUAAUCGUGGAAAAUGUUGCGUGUCUUGGACCAACGCUUCAGACAGACAUGUACCUCCAUUAUUUGAGUGGUUUCGUGAAAAGAAUGAGACAUCGUCCCUUUUUCGCUUUCGUGUUCCUCGUUGACAUCACUCAUAAUUUUAUAAAUCACGCUGGUUACGUGGAUGCCCCUCUAAGGAGAUUCUUCGAUGAGAUAAGUGACCAACUCAACAAUACACUACUAGUCUUCUUGAGUGAUCAUGGCCUUCGGUUCGGAACUAUUAGAACAACAUUGAUCGGAAAGUUCGAAGACAGACAGCCAUUUGCAUUCCUCUCUCUGCCCAAGUGGUUCCUGGACGGCCACCAAAUAUUGAACAAGAACUUGGCCACGAACCAGGACCGUUUAACGACUCAUUUCGAUGUCCACGCAACGCUUAAGGAGUUCCUCCAAUUCCCCAAUGAGGGUUCCAAGACGAAGCGCGGCUUGAGUUUGUUCCACGAGAUACCGGAGUCGAGAACUUGCAGUGAUGCUUCGAUAGCGCAUCACUACUGUUCCUGCGAAGCUGUUGAAACGGACAAGGUACCUCCGCAAGACGUAUUGGGAAUGGCACGAACUCUCGUUCGUGAGAUUAAUAGCUGGUUAAAUGUGCGAAUAUGUUACCCUCUAACAUUGAAUAGAGUCAAGGACGUCAUGACUGCUUACAGUUCGCCAGAAGAACUUCGGAAUAAUGUCAGUCAUUACUUGGUCACAAUUGAGACGUCUCCUGCGGGCGCCAUUUUUGAAGCAACGUUACGAGUAAAUCGUUCUAGUGGUAAUGUAUCUGUUGACGGGAGCAUCAGUCGAUGUGAUCGAUAUUACGGUCAGUCCAGUUGUAUCGCUGAUCGUGUGUUAGAAAAGUUCUGCAUCUGCAGAAGAAAGCGUCAGCGACACGUCCUCGUGAGAUUAUUUCAAAGACUUUUCAGAAGUUAAUACGUGUUGCUUGGAGAAUUAAAAUAU